CCACAAGAUGGCAGGCAAAGCGUACGCUCGUUUUGUUCUGCAAUGCGCCUGCGUAUUGUCGAACUUUUGGUAAGCUCACUGGAAGCUGUCAGGAUUCUAAGGUGUUCAGCAAGUGGUUGUUCGCUCGGUGGGGAGAGCGGUGUUUACAGUGCGUGUGCUCCUUGUGGCGGUGCGUCCGCGCGAUCUGCUGCUGCCCGCUGUGUUUUUGGUGGGCUUUCACCCGUGGCGUUUUGCCCACGGUGCGGGAUGCAUCUUCUCCCUGCUUGACCGGCGGCUGCUCGCGCGUAAAGAAGAACUCUGGAGGGGACGUCGGCCACCCGCCGUCCGGCGAUGGAGCUGCCGGUGCUGAAUGUAGGCGGGGAUAUAACCUUCCUGAUGCAAGCAGGGGUAAUCCGUGACACGGUCACCAUAGACGCCACCGAGAUGAACCUCAAGUCGCUCAAGGACACCGCAUGCAACUUCGUCCACAAGAGGCUGCCGGAGCACGGCCUGAACAGGCUGAGUGAGCGGCUGCUCCUGUUCCGGCACGACUACAACAGUGAGAACAUUCUGCUGCCCAUCAAUGCUGCUUCUGAUGUGGCCGAGGGCACCCUGGUGGAGAUUGUCGUUUCAGCCCAAAACCCGAGUGACGAUGUCCAGAUCCGGCCACACUCGCUAACAGUGCACUCGUACAAGACGCCCACCUUCUGUGACUUCUGUGGCGAGAUGCUCUUCGGCCUAGUCCGGCAAGGCCUGAAGUGCGAGGGCUGUGGGCUCAACUUUCACAAGCGGUGCGCGUACAAGAUCCCAAACAACUGCAGCCACACACGGCGGCGGCGGUCCUCCACCUCGAUGUACCCUCGGAGCCCAACGGAAGCAGUCCAACGGACUGCAUCCAGCGCAGCUACUUUCAGUGAUGACCAUAAUGUGUUGCUCUGCAGUGGGAGCAACUUGUCGUCCAGUUCGCGGGAGAAGCGGUCCCCGUCGCUGAACAUGGGGCGCCCCGCGUGGGUGGAGCGGGAGCUGGCAGGCCGAAUCUGCAUCCCGCACACGUUUGUGGUGCACUCGUAUGCCAAGCCAACGGUGUGCCAACACUGCAAGCGACUGCUCAAGGGCCUCUUCCGCCAAGGGCUGCAGUGCAAGGACUGCAAGUUCAAUGUGCACAAGCGCUGCAUGGACAAGAUCCCCAUGGACUGCACGGGCGAGGCACCCCGGGAGUGGGCCGAUGCCUCUCAGGACAACUCGGAAAGCAGCUCCGAGCUUGAGAACAAUGGGGAAAGGGACAAUGUGGAGGAUGAUUCGGACACGGAGAGUGAACAGCACGAGUCACGGCCGCCGGUGGACAACCGUGAGGAUGAGCUACCCAAGACCAACUUGGAUGAGUCUGGCAGCAACAACAUCCCGCUGAUGCGCAUCGUCCAGAGUGUGCGGCACACAAAACGCAAAGGGGGUGCUAAGCUUUUCAAGGAGGGCUGGCUGGUGCACUGCACGGAUCGUGACCCCGUGCGACGGCGCCACUACUGGCGCCUGGACAGCAAGGCCCUGACCCUGUUCCACUCGGACACAGGCUCCAAGUACUACCGUGAAAUCCCCUUAUCCGAGGUUCUGUCAGUGGACCCUCCACGAAGGCCCGACAUUGGCUUUGAGCUGCGCACGGCUGCUGGCGCCACCUAUCUGGUGGGCGAUGACCGUGACCAGGCACGCCCCUGGGAGUUGGCCCUGCGGCAGGCACUCAUGCCGGUGUCUCGACAGGAGGAUGAGGGAAAUGGACAGCACAACACGGACAUCAGCCUACGGUACCAGAUAUUCCCAGAUGAAGUUCUGGGAUCAGGCCAGUUUGGCAUUGUCUACGGAGGUGUCCAUAGGACGAGUGCUCGUGCAGUGGCCAUCAAGGUGAUCGACAAGUUGCGCUUCCCAACAAAGCAGGAGGCACAGCUGAAGAAUGAGGUGGCCAUCCUGCAGAACAUCCGCCACCCAGGUGUCGUUGACCUGGAGAAGAUGUUUGAGACGGCCGAGCGCAUAUUUGUCGUCAUGGAGAAGCUCAAGGGUGACAUGCUUGAGAUGAUCCUCUCCUCAGAGAAGGGACGGCUUUCCGAGCGCACCACUCGUUUUCUCAUCUACCAGAUCCUGAUUGCUCUGAAGCAUCUGCACUCUAAGAAUAUUGUGCACUGCGACCUCAAGCCUGAGAAUGUGCUGCUGUCCUCAGACUCGGAAUUACCUCAGGUCAAGUUGUGCGACUUCGGCUUUGCCCGCAUCAUUGGCGAGAAGUCAUUUCGGCGGUCCGUUGUUGGCACCCCCGCAUACCUAGCGCCCGAGGUGCUUCGGAACAAGGGCUACAAUCGGUCGCUCGAUAUGUGGUCCGUUGGUGUUAUCAUCUACGUCAGUCUAAGUGGGACAUUCCCAUUCAACGAAGAAGAAGACAUCAAUGAUCAGAUUCAAAAUGCGGACUUCAUGUACCCCCCUAACCCGUGGAAGGACAUAUCCCCAGAAGCGGUUGACCUUAUCAACAACUUGCUCCAAGUGAAGACAAGGAAGCGCUACACGGUGGACAAGUCCCUGGUCCACACCUGGCUACAGGAUUACCAGACGUGGUGCGACAUUCGCGAGCUGGAGGGCCAGGUCGGGGUGCGGUACCUGAGCCACGAGUCAGACGACACCCGCUGGGAGACAUACCGGCGCGAGCGAGGGCUGCAGCCACCAGCACCAGCGCCCCCUACUGCUCAGACGCAGCAGCAGUCUCAACAGCAGUCCCAGCAGCAGCAGAGCCUUCAUCACACGCCUGCGCGGUCACGACUCUCGGUGCAACGCGAAGAAGAAUCGUCCCCCACCUGCGGUCGUGUCCGCCUCUGACCUACUGCUGACAUGAUCCACUGUGGCACGCAGUUUCCUACGUUUUCCCUGGGGCAGGGUGCUAGUGUAGGUGGGGUCCUGGUGUGCGUUUGGAGGUGGCACCAUUUACUGCUUCAUUUGGUUUGUUUGUUCGUUCUUUUUUCCCCUUCAACUCUGUUGUCUCUAUAGCUGGCAGGAACAUCGCCAAGAAAAGAUCCAAACUUGCACCGUUGCAAUUUUUGGACCCUUUCAUCAGUCAGCCUCUGUGCGAAAGAAGAGUUGAGAGGGAAGGCCUGAGAAAGUGAUAAAGGCAGAAGCAGUGUGAAACAAUGGCGCCACCUUCAGGUUAUACGGGGACCUUGAGUGUAGAUGUUUUUGCUGUAUAUGGAAGCAUGCAGCAAUGGUGUGUCCCAGCCGGUCACGAAGUCUGGGAAAUUGCGGGGCUGUAUGCUCUCAGUCGGUCACCUUCAGCGGCACUUCCACAUGGCGCUAGACAAGGCAUGAGACCUCAAUGGUAGCGCUGAUCAUUCACAGGCACCGGGAUAUUUUUGCUGCCCAUCCUGUAUUCAGAGCAUGUGACAUCUGCGCAGUGUUCUGGCAUGGGUGCAGCAGUGGACAUAGUACUGGGCAUUGCAGGCAUGCAUGAUUUUUCUUGCCAAACAGCCUGCUGAUCUGCCGUCAAAUUUUGAAUGAAGUUAGCAUUUUGCAGUGGAUUUAGUUUAAUACCACAUUUGCAAGCACUACUUGCCCGUUUCCUUAACAACAGAGCUAAAGUGCAGAUUAUCUGCAGCAAUGCCACUAAUAAAAUUUUGACUUUGCUGCAGCGAAAUGGAAGAUGCCAUCUGUCAUCCACUACGGUAAACGAUGCACUCACCUUUCACCAAUGAAACAGGCAAGUAAUGCAGGCAAACAUGCUAACAAACUGAACCCACUGCAAAAUGCUACCUCUGUGUAAAAUUCAAACGGAAAUCCAUCAGCAGUUUAGCUUGAAAAGUCAUGUAAGCCUUGUGCACCCCAACUUAUGCAACAUUCAGUAUUGUCACUUUGCACUAUUUCUCCUGGCUGGUUUCCUCUAUCACAUCUGCUGCCUCUUGAUAGCUAAGUAGUGCAUAGUGAAAGUAGUAUAUUUCUAAUGAAAAGUGAUCAAAUAUUUCAGUUUGAGCCAUGCAUGCCGUGCUUUACAUGCACUGGACCACUGUUUCCAGGGUGCUGUAUUUUGUCUCAUUCAUGCAUGCCUGUCCACAGCCCAACCUAUCAUGUGGCUAGUACAGUGCAAUACACGUGGUAUCUCGUGAGGCACUUUGUACCAUAUAAGGCACACAGCCUGCUGCCAAGGCUACAGACUUCGCACAUUCAUACAUUGAAUCUGCUUGGCAGCAUUUUUUGUAAGAACGCAGUGACACCAAGUACCAGAACUAGACUAAAUGGAGAAGACUUACUGAGCACUAAGCAAUCUGCCUGUGUAAACCUCCAGCCUCCAUUUAUCAUUUCUCUAUGACACUCCCCCUUCCUGCUUUAUCACAGUCUAACACUGUGAGGUUGUUAUCAGAUAGAAAUAUGGUACUACAGUAGGUCAAGCAGCCCGGGAAUCAUGGAGGGUGCACAAACUUUUUUUUUUUUUUGCAAUUGGUAGAACUUCAUUGAAGAAGCACAUUUGCACUCCUUUUACUGUACUUUGAGCUUCAGAUGCAUUUUGUGCCUAGUUUCCAACAUUUCUUUUGGUUCAUUAGUUAUUGAGAUUUCAAAUAGAUUCAUUUUAUCUGUUGAAUAAGGAUGCUUAAUAUUAGAAGAUAUUUUCAUAUUGUAAUCAAUUCUUUUUCAUAGCAAUGUUUUUAAAAGGCUUAGUGAGGUUAAACACGGGGAAUGCGA